AACUGGCCGAUUUACAUUAUUCAUUAAUCUAAACCCCGAUAAAUGUAUAAGCUUGUAUAGGAAGAACACCGAACGAAAUAGCACCCGGUUUGGUUCGGUUUCUAUUUAAUCCACCAAUGUGGCCCAAUCCAUUUUCAGUACAGCACGAAUACUUCGGACGUGUGGAUGAGUUUGUUGAAGGAGUUAAAUCAAAUUGUUUAAAUUAAAGUUUAAAAACAGCUGCAGGAGAAAACCGAUUCUGCCAUGCAAUCGGCACCGGGAAAGGCAAAAUCAAUUUUUGAAUUUACCGUCACCGAUCUGAACGGUAACGAGGUUUCGCUCGAUCGCUACCAGGGAUCAGUCUGCCUGAUCGUGAACUUCUCCACCAAGGAUGCUGCCUUUGAGAAGGUGUUGGGGCUUCUCACGCCGCUGGUCCGAAAGUAUCACACCGAAACCCGAAAAGAUAUGAACGUCCUCUUCUUCCCAUGCUUCCAAUUCGGUGCCAAAGAAACACCGGACGAAAUCGUGAAGCGCUUCGAGUGCAGCACCAGCGGAAUGAUUGGUGAGAUUUUCACCGAGAUUGAGGUGAAUGGCUCAAAAGCCCCCGGACUGUACAAGUAUCUGAAGGCGAAAAAGCCAGGCAACUGUGGAGGAUUUAUCAACAGCAACUUUACCAUCUUUCUUACCGACCGUCAUGGCGUACCGGUGGAACGGUUGAACGCAGGAAUUCAUCCUUACACGCUCGAGGACAUGGUCGAGAAUUUGUUACGCUAAGCUGUACUAUCAUGGUUGCUACAAAUAAAGUUGAGAAAACAACUGGAAGUUGUUUUUACUUUGAAACUUA